CCAUCGCCAAUUUAUCCUUUCACUUCCAGGGAAGAAAGGAAGAGGGAGGGCAAGCCAUUGUCGUUUCGUUUGUGCGGGUUGAGAGAGAUCUUAUCACUUGUAGACUUUGCCGGAAUCGGCGAAAACUACCUCUCCGUUGUCUCAAUCUCCAUCGCCAUUAGGACGCGCCUCCGCUCUUCUCCGGGAUUUGGACGGAAUCGCUGCCGGAGCGUCCCUGUGCCGGUGCUCAGUUUCGCGGUAACUUAUUCACUCUCCUAAACGUCCAGCGAUUCCAUUGUAGGAGCAAUCUUAUCGGUCCUGCGGGAAUUGGGGAUUUUGCAGCAAGAUUUAGGGUUUGUUCUGCGCUGAUGUUGGAGAUUAGGGCAUAGAGGAUUGGAAUUAUGAAGGGCAGGUCGCAGCGGCUUCAGACUGCGAACCCGCCCGACGAUUGGGUGGAUGGGUCGUGGACUGUUGACUGCAUUUGUGGUGUAAAUUUUGAUGAUGGGGAGGAGAUGGUUAAGUGCGAUGAGUGCGGGGUUUGGGUCCACACCCGUUGCUCCCGCUAUGUGAAGGAGGAGGAGCUGUUUGCUUGUGAUAAAUGUAAGAAUAAGAACAAUAAGACUGAUAUUGAGGAGACCGAGGUCGCGCAGUUUCUGGUUGAAUUGCCUACCAAGACCGUGAGGAUCGAGAGUAACUAUGCUGCAACUGGGUCUGCAAAGAGGCCGCCUUUUAGGAUCUGGACAGAGAAUCCGAUGGAGGAGAAGGUUCAUGUGCAAGGGAUUCCAGGUGGGGAUCCAGGGUUGUUCAGUGGGUUGUCUUCGGUUUUCUCUCAGCAGUUAUGGAAAUGCACCGGAUAUGUGCCCAAGAAGUUCAAUUUUCAGUAUAAGGAGUUUCCUUGCUGGGAUUCUGGCAAAGAGGAUGUUGCUAAUGUUGAAGAGGACAGUGAGAAUGCUGCAGAUAAGGGUGCAGGGGUUCUAUUUUCUUUGUCUAAGGAAAGUGUUCUGGCUUCCCCUGUCACAGCUAUCAUGCGCACGCGGACCAAGGUUGAUGAUGUCAGUAAUGAUAGGAAAGCACGUUCUAAGGAAACGAAGAAAUCAGAGGUGGGUUCUGCAGAUGUUAGACGCUCUCAGAAUGGAGCGAGGAAGGAGAAGAGUUUGCGUAGGCCUUUUAUAGUAUAUUCUGGUAAAAGGAAGAAAGAAGAGUCGGGCAUGUCCAAAGAUAUAAGUGGAAAAAAGAAGGCUAGGAUUAUUGACAACGAUUUAGAUACUAAGAAGAGGGCUGCACAUGCUUCUAAAGCAGUGUUUACACCUACCAGUGAUGCAAAACAAUUGGAAUUUUAUGAGGCUAGAGGUGCAAGGUCUUUCAAGACUGACAUUCGGAGUGUCAAGAACAGGAAUUUAAGGGACACUGUAGCUGUGGAACCAACUUCGGAUUGUCGUAUUGCAGUUAGCAAGACUGAUGAGAUUCCUAAGAAUGAUGUUGCAGCCACAAUGUGUGUUCCGGAAGGCUCUUUAUCUGAAUUGACUAAUCACGAUCAAGAUGUACUGGUGAAAGACAAGAUUCCCCACAAUGUUUCAGGGGUUAAUGGUUCAGCAGAGGAAGGUACUUCUGGGGGAGGAUGCAAUGGGACUGAUAGUGUUUGCGAAAUGAAAGUGGGAGAGAGCUGCGCUACUGAUGAUUCAAAUGGUCGUUCCUUUGAUAAGCUAUUAGAUCUUCCUGAAAAAUGUAAAGCUGAUGCAAGUCCUGAAAUUAAGGAUUCCCAGACCUCAUCAGCGAUUAUCACAGACAAGUCGCUUGGAUUCCCAAAGCCUAAUGUGAAAAUUGAAGUACAUGAUGACUCAGAAGGGCUCUUGAAGAAUCUCUCUGCUUCUCUUCCUGACGCAAACUCUCUGAAGAUGUCACCUGAUACUGCCAAGUCUACUGGAGUAGUCUCGGAAGACAUAUCUGGACACUGCAAAGCGAAUGAUAUGGUGGUGAGCAGCUUGCAAUGUGGUUUCAAGAAGUCCGUGGAUGUUACUCUAAAUGAGGGGGAAUCAAGUGAAAAUAAGGGGCAAAAAGAUGUUGACUUUUCUGUUAACCACAAUGACCAUAAAGAAGAGGCAAAUGGCUCAGAAGGCUCAAAUGUGUUGUGCAAAAGUUUGUCAGAACCUAAACAUGCUUCUGGGGAUGAAGAGUUAUCAAAAUCAGGUGGUGGUGUAUCUUCAGCAGCGCCAUCAAGUAGGCUCAAAGUGGCAGUUUCUCUUGGAAAAUCAUCUCCUACAGUAUCCUCCAUUGUCAUCUCCAAAUCAUCCAGCUCCAACAAGUCCAAUCCUUCUGAUUCUCGGAAUACACUUCCUGCUGGUAACCAACCAGCUGCUGAUUCUAAGGACCAUGCCUCAAAUGACACCACAACGGAUGAGGGCAAGCGAGAUGCAAUGCGGAAAACAGAGAAGGAGCGUUCAAGCAGGAUUUUUCAUACUUCAGUUCCAAAGAGAAAUGCAUCUGAUUCAAAAGAUUGUGCAGUUUCGUCUACUUCAAAAUCUUCUUCUGCUCAGAAUGUUUCAACUAGUUUAGGUUCUGCUGAUUCCACACGUACUCUGCAAAAUCAAAGUGCUUUGCCAGCACAAAACAGGGCUUCGACAUCUGGAUUACAUCAAAAGGUUGGAAAAUCCAACCAUGCAGCCAUCCCUCCAUCUUCAAAAGGCAGUCAUUCGGCAGCAGCACACCAACCUGUAUCUAAUUCUCCUGCUGCUCUAAGUGAUGAAGAACUUGCCUUACUUUUGCACCAAGAGCUCAAUAGUUCUCCUAGAGUUCCUCGGGUACCUCGUGUUCGCCAAGCUAACUUGCCCCAGCUGGCUUCUCAAGCUGCCUCAACCCUACAUAUAAAGCGGACUUCAAGCUCAGGGACAAAGGAUCAGAACCUGAUUCCUAAAAGGAAGGGUAGGGACUCUGCUAAAGAGAGUGCAACUUGUCCUCGUGAGGUUGAAGAUGAAGCUAAGAAGACGAGCAGAGCGACAUCGUCAUCUGAUCAGAGGAGACAGGAUAGACCUUCCAGUGGAGAUGCCUGCACAAGAGAGGCCAAAGGAUCCCCAGCCCAUGUGCAUUCCUUGAAUGCCAGGCUUGCUUCGUUGAGCACCAGCGCCAACAGUGGACCUUCUUCCUCCAAUGAGGCAAAUGAUGUUAAGCGGCCUGCCAGGCUUACUUCUCCAAUGAGCAAUUCCGAUGAUGAUUUCACCACAGAUCAGCCUCCGGUUUAUCGUACUUUACCAGGCCUGAUAAAUGAAAUCAUGAGCAAAGGCAGGAGGAUGACUUAUGAAGAACUCUGUGAUGCAGUCUUGCCGCAUUGGCCUUCUUUGCGGAAGCAUAAUGGAGAGCGCUACGCUUAUUCAAGUCACUCACAGGCUGUUCUUGAUUGCUUGAGAAAUCGGCAGGAAUGGGCUCAGCUCGUUGAUCGUGGUCCUAAGUCUAACUCAAGUAGGAAAAGGAGGAGGGUGGAUUCUCAGGACUUUGAGGAUGACGAGGAUUCAAAGCAGCGAACUUCGAGGGACAUGGAGAGUAAAAGGCUGAAGUCUCAGCGGGACGACUUCCCCAAGGGCAAGAGACAAGCACGGAGGCGGAGAUUGGCUCUCCAAGGAAGAGACGUAAAGGAUCUGAGGAGCAGAAGGAAGGCUGAUAUGCUCACUGACGAUGAUGAUGGAGCUUUCUCAAACUCAACCGAGGACAGCAUCUUCACUGAGGAAGAUGAGAUCCAAGGGGGAGGAGGCGGAGAUGACUCCAGCGGCUCAGAUGAGGUUAACAACUCGUAGUUCUGGUAGGCCUUUGUUUCAGGUAAAAUGGGUUUUGAAGCCAUUGCAGGUAGCUGCUAGUCUUUAGGUCUGACCGAGGGAAACGAUGUACUAAUGUAAAUUAAUGCUAAAUUCUUUAGCCACAGUAGAUUGCCCUCGUGUCCUUUUUGGUGUUUUUGUUGUAGCACUAGUGUAUUGCCGUCAGCGGGCCUGUUGAUUCUGGCUCAGAGACUUUUCGAACAUGUUAGAGCUUUGGUCUUGUACAGAAGUUGGUUUUGUGGUCAGUAGUUGUGUUCUCGGUCUAAGUUACUGUUUCCGGUACCAUCGCGAAUAAUGUCCCAUUGAUCUUAUGUAACCAAGGUCCGUUCUGUUACCAUUUUCUGUGAUAUCUAUCGGAUACAGCUGCAUUUCA